AUGGCGUUGAUGAAGAUGGAGAUGGUGAUUGCAGAGUUGGCUAUCAAAACUGUCACUGUUAUUGGACUCGACUCGAUGACAAGCAUGGUGAAAACUCACGCCUUUUUAGUCCUCGUUUUAUUGAUGAACACUGCUUUGUUGGGCUUAGAAGCCCGUCCACUGAGUAUCAUUGGGACGGCAAACUCUGCCACUCCAGGGGAUCAAGUGGACUUCUUUGAUUGGUUGGCUCUGGGAGCAAUGAAGGAUCCUGGGCCAAGCCCAGGGGUGGGACACGAGUUCACCAAUAGUGACACCCUUGGAGGGAUUAAGGACUCAGGUCCUAGUCCUGGAGGGAAGGGUCACAAGUUUACAAAUAGCAACACCCUUGGUGGAAUCAAGGACUCCGGUCCAAGCGGUGGAGGAGAGGGUCACAAAUUUACCAACAGUGAGACCCUUGGCGGAAUUAAAGAAUCGGGUCCAAGCCCUGGCCAAGGACACUAA